AUGGCUACCACAAGGGACCCACGCCAAAAGAGAGAUCAAGGUGAGAAAGCACUAGCCAAACUCUCCCAAUUCACGAUUAGUUUUACGACCAGAAUCAAAUCCAAAUAUUCUAAUAAUACGUACCCAUAUCUUCUGAUUGUGCAAAUGCAUUUAAGUGCCCAUCUUCUCAACAACUACAAAAAGCUCCCACCCCUCCCACUAACUAGCGAGCCAACGAGAGAUUCCGGAUUGCCAUCAGGGGUCCUGUGGUCUGUCGUCAACAAAAAAAGGGAUGUUCUGGAGCUAGAAGGGUUACAGUUUCUUGGUUUGCUUUCGGUUACCGGGCCGAGAGCUGAAAGAGACUCAUGA